AUGGAUUUCCCAAACCAUCAUCAUCAGGAAUCGAUGUCAGACAGUUGUUCUCAACAGAAAAAGAACAACAACAUGGGAAGAGGGAAGAUAGAGAUAAAGAGGAUAGAGAACACAACAAACAGGCAAGUAACAUUCUGCAAGAGAAGGAAUGGCUUGCUCAAGAAGGCAUAUGAGUUAUCUGUUCUUUGUGAUGCUGAGGUUGCUCUUAUUGUCUUCUCAAGCCGUGGUCGCCUCUAUGAAUAUGCUAAUAACAGUGUCAAAGCAUCUAUUGAGAGGUACAAGAAAGCCAGUUCAGAUUCUUCUAAUGGUGGAUCCACUUCUGAGAUUAAUGCUCAGCAUUACCAGCAAGAAUCUGCAAAACUGCGUGUGCAAAUCAGUAACCUUCAGAACCACAACAGGCAAAUCUUAGGUGAGGCUUUGAGCAAUAUGGCUAUCAAGGAUCUCAAAAACCUUGAGACCAAAUUGGAAAAAGGGAUUAGCAAAAUUCGUUCCAAGAAGAACGAGCUGCUGUUUGCAGAGAUAGAUUACAUGCAGAAGAGGGAGGUAGACUUGCAUAACAACAACCAGUUUCUUAGAGCUAAGAUAGCAGAAAGUGAGAGGAACCAACAUAGCAAUAACAACAACAAUAAUGUGUUGAGUGGAGGAGGAACAAACUAUAACAAUAAUGAAUCUCAUCACAACGAGCAGCAUCAAUUUGAGUCUCGUGGCUACUUCCAAGUCACUGCAUUACAACCCAAUAACAAUGAAAACCAUUAUGCUGCUACUGCUGCUAGGCAAGAUCACAUGUCCCUUCAAUUAGUCUAAGCCUCUAUCUAUCUACAUA